AUGUCUUUGAGGAAUCUCCUAGCAGGGAUUCUUAUUUUAGGCGUGUUAAUUGGCCAUAUAAACGGAUCGCUUGAUGAACCUUCGAGUGAAAACAAUUCUACUAACGACACCGAAGAACACCCGCAACACGAAGAUCCACCUCCACUGAAAGUCGCCAAGUUUGAUUGGGAUUAUGUGUCAGGACCUUUGACAAUAAUCUUGUGGAUUUUGCUUGCAAGUGUUGCAAAACUAGGUGAGGUGUCAAGUGUAUCAAACCUAUUUUUAAAAACUUGAAGCUACCUUAGGUGGCGCACUUCUUGUUCAUUUCGUACUCAAGUGAUCUUUGCCCCUCUGGACUAUUAAGCUUAACUUGUAUCUUUUUUAGGGUUUCACUUAUCCCACCGGCUUUCCUCUGUAAUACCAGAAUCAUGGUAAGACUUUAUCACAUAAAUUUUGAAUUUUUAAUCUAUGUGCGGGUUUCAUAGGUGGUUCCCUGAAAGCUUAAACAAACUAAAUCCGGACAAAAAUAAAUUUGACAGAUAAGCUUGAAAGAAAGCUGCUAAUUAUAAAGUCAGUUUUAUGAAGCUAUUAUUGACGCUCAGCAAGUUUUGCAAUCUAAGGAAACCCUGUAAAAUUUGUCUGGAGGUGCUCUAGAAGUCGAUCUUGACACCUGCAAAAUAUACAUUUUAUUACUUUAAUUACAAUUAUUAAUUAGUAUGCAGAAAGAACGUCUGAUCCCUCUCGUUGUUUGUUUUUAUGAAAAACUAUGCAGGUGGCGGUUGUUGCCGGCCUUUGAGUCAUUCGAUCUUAAAGUUUCCGUCUGCCCAUUUUGAUAUUAAGUUAUGUAAUGGCCAUCAACUCCCAUCAAGAAAAGAAAUUGUAAAUUGACUGUACGUAAAACUUAAAUCUGGUGUAUAAAUUUCUUUUUUCAUAGUUUUUGUUAAAUUACCUAAAACACUAAUUAUUAUCAUUACUAUUAUUGUUUUUGUUGUUGUUGUUGUUUUAAAUGUUACUGUUUGACAUCACCUAUGGGUAUACUAAUUUGUUUCUAGUGGAAGGCAGUGCUAUAGUAGCCAGAGCCCAGUGGCCCCUGGCGCCUAACUUUUGCUCGAAAAUCUAGAAAAAACUAGAAAAUCUUAGCUUUUUCAUACAAACCAUAUGCUGGGCACCCUAGAUUUUAUAGGAUCAGAGCACUGGGCUCCCUACAAUUUUCCUUAGGGCACAGCCUUGAAAGAUUGUUGAUUUUUCCUUUUUACUAUUUUUGUAAGAAAUUCUCGGUUAUGAUAAGGUGGGUCAUGUUGGGGGUUAAUACAGUAUAAUUUUUGCACAAAGAAUUUACAUGAAAAUAAAGUUUAGUUCCUUGAGGAGAUACAUGCUUUUUUUCUUGACCACAAACAUGGUCCUCGCAAUACCACGUGCAAAACAGCAAUUAAGAUAUAUUCCAGUUUCCAUAUUUGUUGAGUCAUGUUUGUUUCAAGUGAACCAGAUCCAACCGAGAUAAUAGAUAUUAGUUUUGGCUGGUUUGCUUUGGAUGUGAAUCAGUUUUCAAAUUAACAUAAUUUAUAAAUCUUUUUUACUUUUAAUUUGCAUCAGACAAUUAUUGUUAAACACUGCAACUUUUAAGUUUAAUAGGAUUUUUAUAGCAGGUCAUACUGAAAUGUUAUAAUUUUUUAUCACAAGAUAUAUUCCCAUUUUGCGAAAAUAAUGUUUCAGGUUUUAUUAAUUUUUUUCUUUCAGUUUGGUAAUAGUCCUUGGAAUUGUUAUAGGAGGAAUUAUGAAGUGAGUAAACAAACAAGAAAAGAUAUAAUAAUGGGCACCAUACUUACUCUCAAGCUUUGCAAAUUCGAUCAUAGCUGCUACUGUAUAAUGGCUACUUAAUUGUUUCUUUGAUACGAAUGAUAAUGACUUUAUGAAUAUUAAAGAAAACUUUGUUGUAGGUACAAUAUUUUCAGGGUAAACUAGCCAUCAUUCAUUGACCUAGUUAAAUGACUCAGGAUUUCUUAAUGUUUCGUAGUCCUGAUGUUAUUCAUCAGAGACAAGGGAAAUUGUGAGAACAGAUUGAACUGCAGUUACAGCCCUUACCUACAUUGUGUACUUAAUUUAAAAAUAUUAUUAUUAAGUGUGCUUUAACUUUAAACUAAUAUUAUGUAAUAUUAAAGUUGCAAUUUAAAAAAAUUAUUAGUAAUAUCUUGUAAAUUACCCCAGCUUUGGUUGGAAUAAUUAACAAUUAUUGGAUGAGAUUGAGCAAAAUAUUGUGAUUUGUCAGCAGGGCUGAAAAUAACGUCCGGUCAUCGGACAAUGUCUGGCCUGAUUGCGGACUUGACCUGUCAAACUCCAGUCUUGCUGAUCAUUUUGGAUAUGAACAUAUUAUUUUCCAGACAGUUGUUGCUUAAUGCUCUAUAAUGCUGUAAUGAUUUGUUUUUUCUUUGGCAUUUUUCCUGUUUUGCACUAAACCCUUACAAGAAAAAGAACGCCGCAAUAAACAACUUUAUGCAAAUUUCUGUUGACAUUUGAGCCCUUUGAGAUAAAAGUGCAUGAUGACCCAAGUGAAAGCUCUGCUGUAUUUUUAUUGAGUGCUGAUAAUAAACACGCUGUUUGUGGAACAAACUUCUCGCCAAUAGAAAUCAACUUCUUUGCCAAAAAUAUUAGCGAUGAUUCUUCUUUGUGGACGAGACUUUAGCCUGGUUCUCAUUUGCCGCCGAUGUAUCUGUGAAGUAGCCACCGGUAACACCUGGGCUACUUCUCGGACAAAUGAGAACAUGUGCCACCAGAGACUAGAGCCAUCGCAGAGCUUUACCGCCAGCAUGCCUGGGAAGUUCAACUUCAGUCAACUUCGCAGGUAUGCCUGCGGUAAAGACUGGUAUGGCCAAGUUCCCGGCCACUUCAGUUCUCUUAUCGGAACAGUAUCCCAGGCAGUACCGGCGGCAAUGGCGCAGGUGCAUCGGUGGCAUAUGAGAACCAGGCUUUUUGACCAUGUGCCAGGCAAGGAAAAAGAUCAAGUUUGACGGAUGUUCAUUUCUGAACAUCAACGUAAAACAAAUGUGUGCAGAUUUUGUUCUUUAUUAGCCCAAAUUUUUUUUUCGUAGUUCCUAAAGUUUGUUGAACUGUAUCUGUAUUCCAUUUCCUGAACGUUGAGAGUUUGAAAAGGAUUUAUGCUUCAGUUUUUACCUUUAGAGACUUCAGACACUGCCUACGAUGAUACUCAAGGUAGAACGGACAUUAAAACGUCCAAAAACUGCUGAAAGGAACUCUACAAUUUGUGUGAAUGCAUUUUUUACCAACUUGCUGCCAAAAAUGUGAAUGUCAAAUAACGAUCUAUUGCCAGGGUAAUUAGAUAUUCCUUGGGCCAAAAAAAACUAUAGUAUUCAUUAUUUGAGCAGCCAGACUCAGGGUUUGUCCGGGCUAAAAAAUAUUUGGCCGGUCAUCAUGUCUGGCGACCUGCUGUCAGUGUUAUUUUCAACCCUGUGUCAGUGGUGAGCAGAUCAAUAUUAUUGGCUUCAGCAAAUAAUUGAUCUGCGAGACACUAACAAAUCACGAUAUUUUGCAAUAACCGAGUUCAAUAAUUGUUUUAUCAUUCGAUCACAGAGUUUGUUUUUUUUAAUGAAUAUCUUUGGGAAGCGUAGCGAUCUGCCAUUUUCAUGCAACAGCAAUCGCAAGAAGGAGAAAAGCUUGGGUUUAUUUACUCAUGAACAGAAUAUUAUUUGCAGCCAAACAAAGAUGGGCGACAUUGCACAUGAGCAGACCAUUAUUUGAAGGCAGUUAUUUGCAGGUCACGUGGUGGGCUUUCGGCCAAUUAAAAACAAGAAAAAUUUGCAACGAAUGAUUAUGAUAAUUAUUAUUUAUUGUCAUCAUAUUUACUUUGUAGGGGUAUUGGUGCAACAGUAAUUACCUUCUCAUCUCGCACCUUCUUUCUUUUUAUGCUACCACCGUAAGUAAUUUGAUUUUAUGGAUUGGUUAAGGAGGUUGAAUAUAACUUCUAGAAAUAAAUGGACAGCGCAAGCCUGGGUCUAUUACAAACUGCAGUCACUUUAAAACAGUCCAGUAUAUAACUCUCCCUUGGGUGAUCAUAAAAUUUUUAAGUUAUACUCAUAACAUACCAGUGACUUCUGGUUACAAAAACCUGAAAUACAUGAGACAUAAUAAAAAAAUAAUAGUAAUAUGUGUGAAAUAAGCAACAAGAACUUAGUCAACAUAAAAAGUAAACCAUGUACAUGUCAUGUUGAAGUAAUGAAAACACAGAAUGAUAAAGGUACAUAAAAAUUAUCAUCUUUCUUGGAAAUAUUUGGAAAUGAUGUUUAUUAUAGUUCUUUUUUCUGAAUGUUCUGUUUGUUUAUUGAUUACAGGAUUGUUCUGGAGGCAGGUUACUUUCUUCAAGACAGAGCAUUUUUUGAUAACAUAGGAACUAUAUUGCUAUAUGCUGUUGUGGUAAGUGGUCUUUAUUAAAUCUUUUAAAGGGAUGUGCAUUCUAUAAGGAAAACUAAUGCUUGCAAAUUUAGAUAUUUGCAUGUAUACAGUCUCUAAUUUGUCUACAAGAACAGUAAAGAAAAUUGAAGGUUUUUGAACUGUUUGGAAACAUGUAUUAAGCAAGUAUGCCAGCUGCAAACUCUACAAAGUUUAUUUAGAACAGGUAACAUGUACCUGAGUUCAUUACUGCUUUGUUCAGCUAGUUCGAAAUAUCACAUUCUUUUGCAUGUUUUCAAUUGUGAUGUUAAUUAUCAUUAUAACACACCAUUUUGAAUGUUAAGUCCCCCCGUACAUGUAUUUUGCAAUAGACAGAAGUAAUUUUUUCUUAAUCUAGAGUACGUAGUGCAUUACUAAGAUUUCAAGUUGCCAGGUAGGCAAGGUUUAAAGAACUUAAGGAAGUUGUUGGGGUUCUGUUUUCAUUUUGUUUCCUAUGAAAGUAUUAAGCCAGUGAUCAUGUUCAUGGUAGCCGUGGAGAGAAAUCCCCAGCCCCUGGCCUUAGUGACUGCCCUGGUACAGCUGUACAUGUAUGCUUUAAAAGUAACUGAAGCCAUCUAAAGAUAAUGAAAAUAAAAUGCCGUCAUUGUUUGUUUUUUCCUGGUGCUUAUGUAUACUAGUGUGUUCUUCCUUUUGACUGAAUGUAACAUAGUACCUUCUUUUCACCUAUUUUGUUUUCUGUAGGGAACAAUUUUUAAUACUUUUACAGUAGGUAAGUUUGCUUUUUUUUAAUGGUAUCUUUGGUCAUAAACUCAUAUCUCUUGGUUGUCAAUAAGCUAAUUGUAAUGGACAAACGUCUUAUCCAGUGCAAGAAGUUUUAUUCAGUUGUUUUGUGCAUUAAAUCCUGAAUCAAAAAAGGUCAGCAAUAAUAAUAAUUAUUAUUGUGACCAAUGUUGGAUCCAACACUUUUUGUAACAUCAGCUAGGGGCACUGCCUCAUUUUAGCUGAAUUAAAAAAUGUGAUGUUACAUUGAAGACAUGAUCAAUCAUGUACACUCUGCGGAGCCUCAAUACAAUAAACCCAGUAAUACAGUUAAGUCCUUGGACGAGUAUAAUAAUAUUCUUCACCCCAAAAAAAGUAUACAGAAAAGAACCUUGAUAUAACAAACCUCAUUAUAGCAAAUUUAUUUGGCUAUUACCUUGGCCCUUGGCCUUCAUUAUAUCAAAGUUCCACCAUACAUUUCAGAGGUCCAUGCCAAUUUCUUGCUAUUUAAAAUCUGGAGACAGUCUCUUUUGCAGAAUGGUAACCCCCCAUAUCAACAUCAACCUACCUUACACCUGUGUGGUGAUGUCUGCAACUUGCACUUUUCUUAACAUCCUCUGAACUUGCUUAUGCUCAUAAACUAUAAGUCCUAUAAGUCUUUCAGGUCUUAUCAAUGACAUUUAUUUUCUAACAUAUUCAAGUAUACUUUUCUAGUUAAAACUCUUUUCAAUUACAUGUAAGUGUGUACAUUUAAGGCAAGGUUUAACUAAUCGACCGUUAAUGCUUAUAUAACAGCAUCAAUUGCAAUCUGAUACUUAAGAUGCUUAAGUUGCACAAAGGAUACUUAAGCUUGUCUAUUAAAUAUUUUUGUCUGUUAGCUGCAACAGGGUGCAAAGAACAUCAGUUUUACAGCUUGCCAUUUGGGCAAACUUAAACUACCAGCCCAAAAGUCAUUUUAACUAGCCUGAAAAAAAAAAUUUGAUGAACAGGAUUUAUUACGGUCUCCUGUAAUUUGAAUUCUUCAAAGAACUUCACUUGCCCAUUGGGUAAUUAAGAACAGAAUUCACUAGCCUGAUAGCAAAGUCCACUAGUAAAGCCCUGGGCUAUCAGAUGCCACUUUCUCUGCACAAUGCAACUGUAUCAUUUCCUGCAAAGCAAGUUGCCAACAAGUAAGUGGUGCUUAAACAUGAAGUUUUUCUACUCUGUCCUGUAUUUUUGGUAAGUAAUAAUAAUGAUUUGUAACACCCUCUUUAUGUUAUGUGUUCUUUCACAGGAUUAUCUCUGUUGGGAGUGUCAGCAAAAAUGGGAAUCGACUUGAGUGCAAUGCAUGCAUUAACAUUUGCAUCACUUAUUGCUGCUGUGGAUCCAGUUGCUGUAAGUACACUGCAAAAUUCUCUGAAAUGUAUGUAUUUAUAUAAAGAAUCAAUUCUAAUUGCCUCUUUGUCAAAUUAUUGAAGUCUGAGAGGAAGCUAUACCAAGUGCUGACCAGAAUAAAUUUAGCUGGUUGCAUUUAUGAUGUAGGUCAAAGAAUGAUUCUUUAAAUAUUGAGCUGGCUGCAAGGAAAGUCAGUUUUACAGCUUGACAUUUGGGCAACCUGUAUCUAGCAGGUAUCAGCCCUAAAGUUGAUUCAGUUAGCCCAAAAAAACAUUUUUAUGAGCAGGAUGGAUUGCAAAUUCUUCUGUAAUUUGAAUUCCCAAUAACACUUCUCUUCCCAUCGGUGAGUUAAAAACAGUGAACUCACUAGCCUGAUAGUAGCAAAAUCCUCAAGCCCUGGGAUUUCGGACACUACUUUCUUUGAAUGCUGAUAACUAUCCACUUUUUUUUUUUGCUGUAUAAAUAAACUUUCAGUUUUUUUGUGAACAUCUUAAUAUGUCACACACCAAGUGUUCAUAUAUGUAUAUUCCUGAUAUUAUCAUCAUCACUUCAAAACCUUUUACAUGUAACAGGUACUGGCUGUGUUUGAAGAGAUUCAUGUCAAUGUCAUGCUCUAUAUCCUUGUGUUUGGAGAAUCACUAUUGAAUGGUAAGCAACAAUAAAAAACAUUGAUUUCUGUAUAUAUUAACUCUUGUUAGAAGUGAAUUAUGACCUGAUGUACAAAAAUCAAACAGGGAAUUACAUGCAAGAUAAAGCUGACAGUUACUUGGCAUUGGUUACAAGUACCCAAAAGUAGUCGCCAAUGAGUUAAGAAAAAAAUUAGCAAGUGAUUUAGUCUUCAGAUUUUGGAUGCUUAGGAAAAUGUAAAAAAGGAUUUAUGGAUCCAAUUCAACAGUUUUUUAUCUGUUGUUCAGGUUUUCUAAAGCGUCUUUUUGUGCCCUGACAUCUUCAUUCACGGCGUUUUAAAACUUCGUCGACACCUGACACUGAGACGUACGGAAGGGUUGCCAUGACAAUUUUGUAAUUUCACAUGUGAAAUUACAAAUUAACGCUGAAAUUUCGCGCCAAAAUUAAGGAGUAAUUCGUCACCUAUGAUAUUAUUAAGGGUAACAUUAAAUGAUGUAUAAUUUUGUUUUUCUUUUUGCUGAUUUUCCCUUGUUUAUUUUUGCUCCAUUAAAACACCAUAUAUAUAUAUAACAACAUCUAAUGUUAUUUGACAAACUUAUUUCUGAGAGCUGUUAUUUUUAUGUGUCCACCUUGGCUGACUUGUAAAAGUUAACAAACCUAUGACCUCACCUAUGAACAGUGUAUUUUGAACAGGUAAAUAAAAAUGCUACUUAAUUCGUUUUACAGAUGCAGUGACUGUUGUAUUGUAUCAUCUUUUUGAAAGUUUAGCAUUAUUUGAUGAAAUCACUUAUGCAGAGGUAAGACUCAAGAAUACAGUCUAACCUCCACUAGUAGCCACCUCUCUACAUAACGGUCACUUUGGUAGUUUCGAAAACGAAGCACUCGAAAACGAAGACCGAAGCACGAAGCACCCAAAACUCGAAAACGAAGCAUCUAAAUCUCGAAAACGAAGCACCUAUCGAAAACGAAACACUCGAAAACGAAGCACCCAAAACUCGAAACCACUGUAGGUUGAAUAACUACAAUUUUACGUCUAGCAUGACGCAAUCCGAAUCAGGUGGAGGCAGCGAAUGCGUUCGUACCUCCAAAGGUCGACAAAAUCCAUCCCAAGGUUUUAUAAAAGCCUACAAACUGUUUAACUGAACGUUUCUACAUAGGAUAUCCUGUAUUAACUUUAUUAUUAGUCUCGCUUUACUUGAUACAUCUUAUCUUAAUAUGCAUUUUUUUUGGUACACAUACAUGUUUAUGAAGACCUCAAAACUGACCGUAACCGUAUUUUGACGUAUGCAAGUAUGCGCGAGCACUAACACAAAAGGUCUGAAACGAGUUUGAAAACGGAGAGUGAGGCUCGCGCGUAAGACUCUUACGUUAUCGUGCUUGAUUCCCGCUGUGUGAGCAAGAGACUGUUUCGUGUUUAUAAAGGACAGACCGGUUUCAAGUUUAGGAGUCUUCGCUUUCGAGUUUUUGGGGUCUUCGUUUUCGAGUUUUUGGGUGCUUCGUUUUCGAGAUUUGGGUGCUUCGUUUUCGAUAGGUGCUUCGUUUUCGAGAUUUAGGUGCUUCGUUUUCGAGUUUUGGGUGCUUCGUUUUCGAGAUUUGGGUGCUUCGUGCUUCGGUCUUCGUUUUCGGAACUACCCACCUUUUUUGUCCGAGCGAACAGUCCAUACAUUGACUAUUGUUUAAACCUCUCUACAAUGGCACGGCCAGUAAAGCGUGUCCCCAGCUGCCAAAAUAACCUCUUGACAAUGGCCAGUUUCUUUUAUUUAGCGAAAGGUGAAAAGUCGGGAAUUGUCACGAAAUUUGAUUCGUGUGGCGCGUUGAUGAUUAAUCGCAGCAAUCAUAUUUUGAUUGUGGAGAAAGGUUGUUUGAAAAAAUGUGCACUUGACAAUCCCUAAAGGUAGUAUGGGAUGUGCUCAAUACACUGUUCCUGGCACUGUAGCUGUCGAACCUACUUUUGUCGCUUUUGUUGCGUCCCUUAAGCAUUUGCAAACAUACGUCCAUGGCCUUUCGGGAUUGUCGCAUGCGCCUUUUUUCCGACAACCUUUCUCGAAAUAGCUGUAUACAGUAAGCGUAAAUUGUCUACGAUACUUGUAGCGAAUGUUACGAACCUUUUUCGUUUUGUCGCGCUAACAUUUUGAUUCAAAACAUUAUUCAAGUUUUUUAUGUAUUUUAUCUCUACAUAUUAUUUUUGUGAUUGAAUUAACAUUAUGGGAUACAGUAAGCAUGAACUUAGAACAAUAAACAUGUUGUACUCCCUAAAAAGAAUUUGUACUCACUAUCUGUCCUCUCACUGCCUAAGAGCCUACAACAAAUUUUGGAAAUCCACCCAACCUACAGAUUAGUUAGUUAUCUCCUAGCAGGUAACCUAAUCUGUAGGUUGCGCACACAAUGCAUGAUUUCCAAUAACAAUAUCAAUUCAGGUUCCUUGCAACGGUGUGUUUGUCGUUAUUUUCUUCAAAACAGUGAAUAAUAAAAAAAGUAUUAGAUUCGUUUUUUUUGAUAUCCUAAACAAUCAAGGUCUGGGUAAGAGUUAUAAAACUUACCCCGACCUUGAUUAUUCCGGAUAUCACUAAAAACUCAUGCAAUAUUUUUUUUAUUAUUACACCCCUACCUCCCCAUAACAGUUUAGGCUGAUUUAGCAACAGAACAUGAACGUCAUUUGACGACGGUAAAGCGCGCGAAAAGGACUAAACUCGCCUUCCGGUGCCCAGUUUGCCGCUCAGCCAUUGGUCAAGCCAGUUGUUUGAUUUGCGCGCGCCGUCGUCAAAUGACGUUCCCGUUCUGUUGCUAAAUCAGCCGAGUCACCUCUUCACAACGGGCAUAAUGGCCGCUUUCUUCUGUCCCCAAGGUGGCCGUUCUAGAGCGGUUUGACUGUGCAAUUUACAUGUCACUCUUGAUUUCAGGUCCUCACAGGUUUUGCAUCAUUUUUUGUGGUCAGUCUUGGAGGUACAUUGUUGGGUCUCCUGUGGGGUUUAGCUACUGCUUUUAUUACCAAGUACACUGACCAUGUCAGGGGUGAGUCGUUUUUUUUCCUUUAUUAGAGACCUUAAGGUCGAAGUUUGGCCAUCUUACCGCAAAUGGCAAACCGCGGUUUGCGGUUUGCGGUUUCACGUCAUCCAUCUGCCCAUAUUUAGGAAUUAAGAUUCAGGGUGGUAGCUCCCGGCUGCCAUGUUUGUUUUUAUGUAUUCGUUCACUCCUUUUCUAGCUGAGAUAUCGUCUUCAAAGUGACGUUUUCUAUGAAAAAUAGUUCAAUAAUUAAUUAACGAAAGAGCUCUAAAAAGGAGUACUCUCUCUCAAACGUGGGGUUGUGAUGUUUUAGACUGCAAAAGACCUUGCGGUAAAUCACUUACCUCUGGAGCGUGAUCUAGCCAUACAAACAUGAACCUCAAGGGCAGGGCACUAGUCACGUGACUUCUUGACGUUUGCAGUUCGCAGGAAAUGCCCAAAAACCUCGAUCGUAAAGUCUGUAUUGUGUUGUUGAACCCUGUGAGUCCAAGAGAUGGCUAAAGCUACGGUAAAAGGACACCCAAAACGUGCAACUGGUUUUGCAACAUUACCGCAAAGCGGGUUGAAAAUUGAAUAUGUCUUGCAACAAAUCACGUUGCAAGUUGCGUGAAUACUGACUCCUGAUUGGAUAAAAUUGCGCAGGAAUUACGCCCUACACAGUAGUUAUAUCACCUGUUGCAAAACAAGUUUGCCUUGGGUCGAUAAAACGCGCAACAUGUACAGAUUUUGUUGCAAAAAGUAGAACCUUUCUCUAUUUUCUGCGGCAACUUUAAUUCCGCGAUCUCGGUAACAACCUGAUUUGUUACAAGACGGGUUUGAUUCCUGGCCGGUAACGUCGCUGUUCAAUUUGUUUUGCAGCAAUGUUAAAACAAGUUGCACGCUUCUGCUGCCCGUUUUACCGUGCCUUAUGGCCAAAUUCAACAAAACUUCCAAAUUUCAUUCGGUAAAAAGCUAAAAAAAGUACCAUGUGCAAGUACUGCCAUUAAUAAUAAGAUCUGUUAAUAUAACUGCUCUAUUUGCCACUUUCGUGGUUACAAGUUUGGAGCUCCACCCCUGUGUCUAAGCAAUCGCUCUGGUGCUUGCUGGCAAGUGGAUUAUUCAUAACCCCUGCAUAACUUUAUUAAUACGACAAACCUGCUCAUACUGCCAUACAAGUUACUAAGUACGUUUAGCUUUGCUGUAAUGUCAUAUAAUUUUGAUUGGUUUGUUUCUUUCAGUGAUUGAGCCGAUAUUUGUUUUUGUGAUGAGUUAUCUUGCUUAUCUGACUGCAGAAUUGUUCCACUUUUCUGGAAUUAUGAGGUACACUUAUUAUGGCCCUACGUUAACAUAUUUUCAACAUUGCAUCGAAGGUGUAUGCAUAUCUAACGCGUGAAUACCGUAUUAUAGGAAAUUAACGCUCCAUGAAAUUAACGCGAAUCGUUGAAAUUCGCGUUAAUUUUGUUGAGCGUUAAUUUCCGCGACGUUAAUUAAGUGCAGGUUAAUUUCCAUGCUCUUAAUUUCCAGUAUUUUAACCCCAAUUUUGGAACCUGUUCAGACAUUCUUGACACCUAAAAAACAUUAACUACAAGCUUUCUUUCUUUCCAUUUACCCUUUAUUUUAAAGCUAAGGCGCAGGUUUACGAUAUUUCGAGUUCAUCUUCAGCGUUGUCGCUGUCAGAAGUGAUGUCAGCUCAGUUUUGUUCAGUUUUGGAUUUUUUUGCAUCCAGUGUUGAGGAAAUAAAUUUGUCCAACUGUGUCUCAAUCGCGUUAAUUUCCUUUAUUAUGAAAUUCUACCUCCUCUUUCGCGUUAAUUUUCUUUAUUUGAAAGUCGUUUUCCAUUAAAUUCGCGUUAAUUUAAGUCGCGUUAAUUUCCAAUACCUUAAUUUCAUGGAGCGUUAAUUUCCUAUAAUAAGGUAGAUGGGAAAUGGAUUAGAUUAGAUGAUUCGUGAAUGAAUAAAUGGAUGGAUGGUAAUGAUGGGACAGAAUGAAAUGAAUGCGUGGCAAUUCAGAAAGUAGAUAAAUUAUUAACAAAUUUUAUGAUCUUUCAGAAACCCAGAUUGUCAUAAAGCGCUAGUACAUGUCUAUGACGUCUAGUGUUACACACCGCAUUUCAGUCCAGCAGUUCAAAAUGAACCUGUUUUUAAUUCCCAUUGAGCUUAAGACCCACUUUAUAUGGAGAAAAGUUGUCCCCCUCCUAUCCGAGCCAUCUUUACUGAACGUUCAUAUGAAAAAAAGUUGAUCCGUUUUCCCGAGCCAACAGGGGUCAUUAUACGUUUCUGGGAAACUGCCCACCUACCCCUCCCCUAAGCCAUAUAAAUGGAGUCUAAGUGCAUGGAGUAUAAGAGCUUAAAAGCCAGAUGAUGUUGCAGCUCUUACAAGGCCUCACAUGACUUGUUUCGAAAAGCAACCAACAAACAAAGUUUACACUGGAACCAAGUCCUAAAACAAACGAGCUGCGACAUAUAUUGGGUGUAAUGAAAUUAGAGGUUUUAAAGAGCAGUUAACACUACUGAGCAAGUCAGAAAGGUUUCAUUAUUGAGACAGGGGUUUUGUUUCUUCUUAUUGCAGUAUUGUUACUUGCGCAAUCAUCAUGAAGCCGUACGUGGAGCUCAAUAUUUCAAGAAAAUCCCAUACAACCAUCAAGUACUUUCUUAAGAUGAUGAGGUAUGUACUGCAAUACCUACAUGUGAAAAUUACAAACCUUUUGCGGGUAGUAGUAUAUAGAGGAUAUUACACGGUGGCGAGAAGAUAUGAAUUUUAUGUUCGAGUGGCAAGAACAAUAUCUCACGAGUGAGCGAAGCGAACGAGUGAGAUAUUGUUCUUGCCACGAGAACAUAAAAUUCAUAAUCAUUGAACGAUACGACACUCACAAAGGUGACAUACGGAAAAUACGCCACUCGGGUCCCGGAUGAAGUGGCGUAUGGAAUCUACGAGUGGUUUAGUUCCCAGUAAAACACUCUCCUCCAUAUAAUAAAAACAAAUAAUAGCACGAUUUGUAUGUGAUAUGUGACAUAAAUACCACUCGUGAUAUUUCAAAAUUGUCUUCUAAUUUCACGAGCCGUUAAUUACGUAUAACAAUUUUGAAAUAUCACUCGUGGUAUAUAUGUCAUAUAUCACUACUAAUCAUGCUAUUACCUAUACAAAUAUGCUUUUGAUCUAAAUUAUAUUAUAAAUUCACGCGGGAAAAAAUGAUUGAUUGUCAUAUGCGCUGUCAAGAAUGGCGUCAAAUAUCACUCAUUCACCUAUUGGUCAAUUGUCAUGACGUCACCGGUGGAAUUUUCGACCGUUGAAUUUCGCCCCAAGAACGUAUGAAAAGUCCUUUAAAGUGGCAUAAACUAUCAGGAAAAACAAAAAAAGGACUUGUUUGUCUGUGUUUUUUUUUUUGCCAGAACCCAAGUGUUGCACUUUUAUCGACAAAAUCAAAUAUGACAAACUCAAUUUGUACCAUUUCUUGUUUUCUUCACAGUUCAAGCAGUGAAACUCUGAUCUUUAUGUUCCUUGGAGUCCGAGUGGUUACUGAAAAUCAUGUCUGGCACACGCAGUUUGUGUUUGUGACUUUAAUUUUUAUUUUGAUCUACAGGGCGUUAGGUAAUUUACUACACUUUAAAAACAAUAAUCUUAGGCCUGGGUCAUAUGAGCAAAGUUAUUGUUCUCGCUCAUUGGCAUGGACUGCAAAACGUUCGGUCUUUUCGCAAAAUUUGGUUUUCCAAGGUGUGAAGCGCCGGCGGCGUCAAAGUCUCACGCGUGAAGCGCGCACGAGACAAAUUUUUUCGCGUCUCUGCUCAGUCUCACUCCCCGUUUUCAGCCUCGCUCCAUACCUUUCGCGUUUUUGACCACGCAAAAAUACGGACUGUUUUGCAGUGUAAUUAUCAAUAGGUUCGGCUUAUGUGAAGCACAGUGUUGACCUGGGCCUAAUUUCAUGUUUUCUUAUUAAUUUAUUAGCGAACUUAAGUAACAAAGACAGCACGGUAACAAAAAGGUAACGUCAAAAGUAAAUUCACACUUUCAAACUUCCAUGUGAUUCUUCCCAGUCAUUGAAAUUGUCAAAUAUUAGCGAAAUGUCCUGGAGAUGAAUUCUAAAGGACGGUAUUCAAGUUGAGAAAAGAAAGACAAAACGGCUCGGUGUUUACGUCCGUCAUAAACUUUAUUGUAAGAAAUUUCACCUUGUAGUAAUGAAGCGUUGCAAAGCCUGUGAACACUGAGGUCUUUUGCGAGGCAUAGGUCGAGAGAAAACUUGGAAGCGCAAGCAGACAGGGAGGGACGAUGAUGCGGUUAUUUGUUGUAGCUCUAAGACUACGCAAGAGUCAGUAUUGCCUCGUCCACUCGUAUCCGGAGAUUUCCCUUCUCCGUUUUCGACAAAAAUAUGCGUCCUUGCGUAGCUUAUUUGAAUCAAUUUCGCCUGUCCACACGAAAACGCUAAAACAUGGAAAUGCGGUAGCAUCUCUUACUGGGGAUGCGCUGUAUGAUGUAUGACAUUAUCCUAUUUGAAGACUUCCUUUUCAUGCGUCCACACGAAAACGAUAAGCCGGCGUUUUCAAAAAACUCCACUCCGGGGACCGUUUUCGAAGAUCUGCGUUUUUGGUUCCCGAAAAUUCCGUUUACGUAUGGACGAAAGGCCAAAACGGAGGAAAAAAAUCUCCGUUUUCGAGAAAAUAUCAGGAUAGGUGUGGGCGGGACCUUAAUAGCCUGCGUAACAAGCGUUUCGGUGCUGUUUCGAGAGUCAAAGACCGCGCGAAAAAUGGCCCCUCCCCCUCCCCCCUCUGUCUUUUUUUGGCUCUCGUUUCAUUUCUCGCGCGGCCAAAACCGAGAAUCCCGUUCCUCGGUCUUCCCUUGCUCCGAAACAGCACGGAAACGCUUGCUACGCAGGCUAGAACCUUAAAGGUACCCGUUUCAACUGUACCCAGUGACAAAGGAAUUGGCAAGAUAUAGUGUGACACGUGUACAUUACAUUGAUUCAUUGCAGGUGUUAUGAUCCUAACGUACCUUGCAAACACGUUUGGUCGAAUGAACAAGCUCAGUGCUGUGGAUCAGUUUAUUAUGGUAUAGAAUUAUUAUUCAUCGUGGUUUGAAACUGAUAGCGUUGAAGAUAAGAGAGUAAGAUAAAGAACAACUUUAUUUAACCAUGCUAACUUAGGGCUACAGCUGUAUGUUUACACUUGGAGGCCGUUCACAGUACGCUAGUUCGGUACUCGUUGGGUACUUAUGUGAACACACCCUUUUUUCAAGUACCCACACCAGUCUAAAUACACGAGUUACUUUCUAAUACAGCCACGGUGCCAAUGUCAGUUCCACACAGCAAAUCGAGACAAAUCUGAAGGAGAUCAGCCGUCAGUAAACGAUCGAACUUUCACUCUGAUAAAUAUAUGUUACAAGUGUAAUUCUAAACAGCUUAGCUUUGUGCUCAACGUAAGCAGUUGAAAAGAAUCCUAAAGAAAUUGUGGAUUCGACUUUUUAAGUUGUCAAGGGGUACCUUAAAGUGGACUGUUAUUAAACAAGUCAUUUCUUGUUUCAAACGUACUGUAAUUUUUGUUUAAAAUGUGUAAACUGCGAUUCAGGCGUCACUUGGCGUUUAAGCUCAUAAAUUCACUAAGUAGGAACUUGUUUUCGCUCAGCACGUAUUCGUUUUGUUUUUGUAUUGCAGAGCUAUGGUGGUAUCAGAGGAGCUGUGUCAUUUUCUCUCGCCAUUUUACUCACCAAAGAGCACUUUCCACUCAAAGAAAUGUUCGUCACAACCACUAUAGUUAUUGUCCUUUUCACAGUCUUUUUCCAGGUACGUUAACAAAAGAACCCACUGGUAAAGGUUUUACAUCAAUUCGUCUUGGAAAAUGUAGCCAAGUGUUCCAAGUUUGUCGUCUCGAUGAUUCUAAACCAUCCGUGAUCCCGUACAGUUUAAGACUAGUUUAUAAUAAUUACCCUGUAGGUGUUUCCCUGUUUUAGUAGACUUGUAUUUUAAGAUUUCCGUCAAUUUCGAGAUAAUUCUAUGCGUUUUAAAAUGACGACUCAGAUUGUCGCGUCUAGGCGAGAAACGAAGCGUGUUGCUUAGAUUCUUUUCAAAACUCCUUUGCAAAAUGGUGAAGCGAACGCGUGCACAUCAUUUUUUUUCCAUGUUUACCAGAUGAGUGGCUCCCUUAUAGUAAUACAGCAUUUUGUCCACUUGCAGUAUUUUUUUACCUAAUGUUGGUCCUUUGUUGAAACUCGGCGUCAACUCGAAGUAGAUGAGUUCCUCAUUGCUUACAGAAAGAAGUGCGUUGAUUAAGUCAUGGUGUCGUUCUACUAGAUUAAAAGAUAAAGAAAGCAGCGCUGUUUUUUAGGGCAGAAAGGAAAAUCAGGACUUACCAAUCUGUUUGAAAUUGUUUUCAGGGAAUGACCAUUAAACCUCUUGUGAGAAUACUUCACGUUAAGCUCAGUGGUAAAGAGCAUAAGUGCAUGUACGCGGAACUGAAUGAGAAGGUAAAAUUUGAGUUGUUUUAUAGCACUGGCCUUUGGGGUGUAGCGAAGCUUCAGAGAGCGCCUAACAAAUGAAAACAGUCCGGCACCAAUAACAUCCCCCUGAUUGGUCAUUUAAGUGACGUCAUGCAGUAAUGUAAGAAUUGACAGGUAGCGAACUUGAGAUAAAANUUUUCAGGGAAUGACCAUUAAACCUCUUGUGAGAAUACUUCACGUUAAGCUCAGUGGUAAAGAGCAUAAGUGCAUGUACGCGGAACUGAAUGAGAAGGUAAAAUUUGAGUUGUUUUAUAGCACUGGCCUUUAAGGUGUUGCGAAGCUUCAGAGAGCGCCUGACAAAUAAAAACAGUCCGGCACCAGAAACAUCCCCCUGAUUGGUCAUUUAAGUGACGUCAUGCAGUAAUGUAAGAAUUUACAGGUAGCGAACUUGAGAUAAAAUCGUGCAACGUUUCACUUAGCAUCAGAUGUCGAUUCAUAUUCAUGUUUGUACGAAGGCUACAAAGGGUUAAUACAGAAAAGGAAAAUCACUGAACGUCAGUUUUAUACGGUUUGGUAGCUGGUUUUAUAUGUUACUGUGCACUAUUCUCCGUUCUUCUCAACUAGUAGCAAGAGAUGAUCGCGUAUAUGUAUGUAGUGUAUAUUUUUAAAGCUGUCAAAGGCUCCAACAUUGAAAAUUACUGUCAUGACAUUUACCCGUCGCUUUUCUUUCACGAAGCAACUUCGCUCGCUUUGAAAUGUAAAGCAUUGUACUCGUUCCCCCUACAAAGUUCUUAGAAAAACAUAUUUGUUAUAUUUGUUAUAGGGGGAGCAAGGGUAGUGGAGUGGUGAGAGCACUUGCGUCCCACCAAUGUUGCCCGGGUUCGACCGGGUCGACGCCAUAUGUGGGUUGAGUUUGUUGUUGGUUCUCUCCCUUGCUCCGAGAGGUUUUUCUCCGGGUACUCUGGUUUCCUCCUCUCCUCAAAAACCAAAAUUUUCAAGUUCCAAUUCGACCAGGAAUCAGGUAGACGAAGAACCACUAGGUGGAUGUGCUACCUCUAAAUCGUUAUUUAUUAUUUAUUUAUUUAUUAUGCCUGGAUUUCACUUGAUGCUGUCAAUUCGAGCGCGAAUAUCGUUCGUAUAAAGUGACCGAGGAUUUCUCCUGUAAUUACCCUUUUGUAGCAUAAAAUGAGAAAUAUCUCCUGCCUUUCACCGGGCGCGAAUCAUUCGCGGUCUGGUUAAGGAAAGUGGUAUUUUCCUUCUCGAUACUUCGCUUUCUGUUACUAUAGAUCUCCCGCUCGGAGAUGUGAAGUGUUCGAAGUCUGUAUGAAAAUAGACUUUGAAGUGACUGGUGAUCUUUUGAGCGCCUGCUAAUAGAUUCUCAGGAUACCAUUGAAAAGCGCGCGUUUGUGAAAUGUUUGGGUUCUUGGGUCUCCUGUGCCAGCAUGGAUAAUAGAAAGACUGGACAGGAAACUUAUGUCACGUGAGCUGAUUUCUCAUCGCUGAUUGGUUGUUUCGUGCUCCAAGAUGGCGUUGGAUGGUUCCAUCCAUUAUCCAUGGUGCCAGGGUAUACCUUUAUUGUUAUUGUCACAAUAAGGAUUAUAGGCGGAUUAAUUCAUGAUCAUGAGUUGUGGCUAACAUCUUUUUCCUGCUAACUUCUCACGAAUGAAAUGCAGUUUUCCAGUAGAUAAAGUAUUGUGCCCGCUGUACUAAGAAAAACUGUAAGCCUUUUUUGGGGUUUUAGUUCUUAGAUCACCUUGUGGCUGGAAUUGAAGAAAUCAGUGGCCAGCGAGGACAUGGUUACUACUGGGUAAGAUUCAAUGGAAUUCCUCUGAGAGUUCUGUUUCUUUGUUGUGCUUUGGGAAUUUGUGUCUCUUUUAAAGCCUUCAUUAGAGAGGUUAAGCAUCAUGUUUACGUCAAACGGCAAACGCGAAUUUGUCGGUUACUGUUCAUUAUUUCUACACACAAAAUAAAAGGAAAGUCGAAUCACGAAGAAAAAGGGCACAUUCUUGUGCAAUGGUUUCUUGCUUUCUUUAUUGCAAAGUAAUGUAAGUUAGUUUGAACUCUUCCCGUGCCUUCAGCUAGCCUGUUUCUAGGCUCCAGGAUAGUAAUGUGCAGGGUUCGUGAAAACUGAUGCGAAAAACGCGCGGAUGCUGGGGAGAGAGAUACACCACCGUCUCCUUCCCCAGAUCGUCGCGUCUUAUUUUCGCUUGGCUUGUUUUCGCGACUUCCUUACUAUCUGAGAGCAUUGCAGCUUUGUAGCUUUGACAAUGCGUUCGGGUUUGACAUCGGCUUCAUGAGAGAACAAGAGAGGAAAAAGGGUUAGAGAAAUUGUCAAACCUAAUGANAAAGUAUUGUGCCCGCUGUACUAAGAAAAACUGUAAGCCUUUUUUGGGGUUUUAGUUCUUAGAUCACCUUGUGGCUGGAAUUGAAGAAAUCAGUGGCCAGCGAGGACAUGGUUACUACUGGGUAAGAUUCAAUGGAAUUCCUCUGAGAGUUCUGUUUCUUUGUUGUGCUUUGGGAAUUUGUGUCUCUUUUAAAGCCUUCAUUAGAGAGGUUAAGCAUCAUGUUUACGUCAAACGGCAAACGCGAAUUUGUCGGUUACUGUUCAUUAUUUCUACACACAAAAUAAAAGGAAAGUCGAAUCACGAAGAAAAAGGGCACAUUCUUGUGCAAUGGUUUCUUGCUUUCUUUAUUGCAAAGUAAUGUAAGUUAGUUUGAACUCUUCCCGUGCCUUCAGCUAGCCUGUUUCUAGGCUCCAGGAUAGUAAUGUGCAGGGUUCGUGAAAACUGAUGCGAAAAACGCGCGGAUGCUGGGGAGAGAGAUACACCACCGUCUCCUUCCCCAGAUCGUCGCGUCUUAUUUUCGCUUGGCUUGUUUUCGCGACUUCCUUACUAUCUGAGAGCAUUGCAGCUUUGUAGCUUUGACAAUGCGUUCGGGUUUGACAUCGGCUUCAUGAGAGAACAAGAGAGGAAAAAGGGUUAGAGAAAUUGUCAAACCUAAUGAACCAAAUGGAGGCUGUCAAACCCUUUUAAUAUUUCUCCUGAAUCGUAUUUUUCCUUCUUUUUUUUCCCCAGGAAAUGUUAGAAUAUUUUCACAGUAAUUACCUCAGAAAAUGGUUGAUUCGUGACAGUAAUAGCUUCGUCCAUGACGAGGAUAUAUUGCUGGCCUACAGAAGACUGGCUUACAAGUAAGGAACGAGUUUCACGUGUCGAGUAUUGUCCUGUUUAUUCUCGCUUUUCAAUGUUCAAAGUAUAUUGAUAUGUGGUUACUAAGAUUGGCCAAAGUUAACAUGCGACUUUGUUAAAUAUUUGUUUCAAUGAACAAUUAGCCCUCGCAAUUUACACUUUACACUGUCAUUAACCGACAGGACUGAACAUUUGGGUCGUUUUGUAGCUGUUUUAUCCUUAGUUAUUUAGCACUUUAGUUAUUUUGGUGAAGAAAAGAAUUCUCUAAUUGUAUCGCGAGACUCCAGGGUAAUAAUUUCAUUCAUCCGGCAUGUCUAACAUUUGCUGAUUUUAUCUUGCGCGGAAUAAUUUGAAGUUAAUUUAGCCUUUUCGCUAAUCAGCCAAUGAAAGUUGGUGUCAUAACUAGAGUUCAUUUGCAUAGUUGUAUUUAAUAGUAAGUACACGCUUUGUGAUUGGUCAAUUCAGUAGCCCUUUGUGUUCUUUCGCGCCAAUUUAGACAACUCAGUAUGGCAAUAAAUACCCCUUUAACCUUGUUUGCUUGGUCUGUGCUUUUUUCAGAGACGCCCUGACUCGUUUAGAGAGAGAAGGUAGUGGAGCAGCGUUGUUUCAGAAAUCAGGGUAAGAAUAAUUAAUAGCUGUUUUGUUUGUCUGUUUAUUUGUUUUUUUUUUGUCAAACAGUACAGUGAACUUUCGCUUAUGACCCCUAGGUUUAUACAUCUUCGUAAGGAGUUUUAUGAGGGCUUAUAAACGCAGGGGUUUUCAUCCGAGGGGGUUUAUGACCGGUAUAGAAAAAGGGCUUCAAAAUAUGCUAAAGCAGUGCUGAUCAAAGUACGUUUUGCAGUUAGUGGUUUUCUAUUAAGCUUUAAAUGGAAUUCAUUUCAAUACAUUUGGAACUGAAUUAGAGGGAGGCGUAUGUCCGGGGGGCGCUUAUAACAGGAUGUAUUUUUGUUUACGGGUAGAUGGGCUUAUAACUGGGGAGGUGAGGGGGCUUAUAAGUCGGGUAGAUUAUAAGGGGGAGUUUACGGUAUUCAGUUACACCAUUUAUAGUUGAUAGAGUGGAAUGGUGAUGAACACAAGCAUGUCAGACUCCUCUGUUACUGUAUGUCUUUGUAGACUUGAAGGUGCACAACGUUCAAUAGCAUACCUGUUAUUUUGGUCUUAUUGACCAAGAAAAACGUGGCAUUAACUUAUUCCAUUUUAAUUUGUGAACAAAAAAUCAAGGAUUGUGCACUGUUAUGGAGCUACGAACAUAAACUGCAGCCGUUUUUUUAUCUUUUAUGUUUGCCGCCUUUCAUAACCAAUAAUCCUUUCACCGCUGUUGUGGGUUAUUUAACAAAGCAACAGCAGCUUUGCAUUUAAACCCUCUUAUGUUCAGCCCUAAAGUAGGAAUUACCUGCAAAGUUUGACCAUUUCAUGGCGUAAUAAUAUUUCUGAAAAUUAUGACGCCACUACAUAAACUACAGGGAGAACGGGGUACAAGCCCGAGGCCGGGGGUACAAGUUUUUUCGCGCAAAGAUAUCUGGGAUCGCGUAUACUGAGGUACUGGUUUUCUUUGAACAUGUUCAAUGCCAUUGACCAAUUACAGCUAACGCUGUCCACCAAAACUCGACAAACCACUGCGCUGAAAGAUUGUAGUCAUCCGGCUCAUUCCUCCUUUUUGCCUCUUGUUUAUGAAUAGGCAAAUUAUGGCGAUGUUACUCGGGAACGUCGCGCGCGUCAAACAUUGAAGCGAUUAAGACUCACGUUUACGGCAAACAGCAUACUUAUAGUUUCUCAAAUUAGGUAAUGAGCAGACAAAAACUCUCCAAAAUAGUUCGUAUGGAUGAACUAAACAUGAAACGACUCUUUUUGUGUUGAUAUGUAAUUAGCAGUAAAGGACAAGUAAACGGAAAACUUGGUCACGUGGUAUAAAUUGACAUUUGCAGUUUGCUGCUAACGUGAUUCGAAAGCUCUUUAUUAGCGGGGAAUACCCUUCAACGAGUUGGUCACCCAAUACAUAUCGAAUAUAUUAAAGGGGAAUCUUUUAGAAGUGGUGUUUUCGUUGGCAUUGUUUUCGUGUAAGCACAAGGCCUCUGAUACAAGAGUUAAAACCAAGUUAUAACCGUAUGUACGCACUUUUCAACCUCUAUUCCAGGCUUUCAGUAGAAAUGUUGGCUCGCGGCGCAUUUGAAGCAGCGGCGAUCACGUCUAUGUAAGUAGUAAAUGAAUUUUCAGGGAAUGACCAUUAAACCUCUUGUGAGAAUACUUCACGUUAAGCUCAGUGGUAAAGAGCAUAAGUGCAUGUACGCGGAACUGAAUGAGAAGGUAAAAUUUGAGUUGUUUUAUAGCACUGGCCUUUGGGGUGUAGCGAAGCUUCAGAGAGCGCCUAACAAAUGAAAACAGUCCGGCACCAAUAACAUCCCCCUGAUUGGUCAUUUAAGUGACGUCAUGCAGUAAUGUAAGAAUUGACAGGUAGCGAACUUGAGAUAAAAUCGUGCAACGUUUCACUUAGCAUCAGAUGUCGAUUCACAUUCAUGUUUUUACGAAGGCUGCAAAGGGCUUAAACAGAAAAGGAAAAUCACUGAACAGGAAGGAAGUCUUCAGUUUUAUACGGUUUGGUAGCUGGUUUUAUAUGUUACUGUGCACUAUUCUCUGUUCUUCUCAACUAGUAGCUAAAGGUGAUCCCUUCUAUGUAUGUGGUGUAUAUUUUUAAAGCUGUCGAGGGCUCCAACAUUGAAAAUUAUUGUCACGACAUUUGCCCUUCGGUUUUCUUCCGCGAAACAACUUCGCUCUGAAAAUUUCUUUUACGAAGAAUUCAAUGUGAAACAUUGCACUCCUUCCCCCUACAAGGUUCUUAGAAAAACACAUUUGUUAUAGGAUAUCAUAAAGCCUUGAUUUCACUUGAUGCUGUCAAAUGGGUUUAAAUUCGAGAGCGAAUAUCGUUUAUAACAAGUGACCGAGGAUUUCUCCUGUAAUUACCCUUUUGAAGUAUCAAUUGAGAAAUGUCUCCUCUUUACGUUUUUCAAGAUGUAACUGAGCGCUAAUCAUUGGCGGUCUGGUUAAGGAAAGUGUUACUUUCCUACUCGAUACUUGGCUUUCUGUUACUAUAGAUCUCCCGCUCGGAGGUCUGAAGUGUUCGAAUUCUGUUUGAAAAUAGACUUUGAAGUGACUGGUGAUCUUUCGAGCGCCUGCUAAUAGAUUCUCAAGAGACCAUUGAAAAGCGCGCGUUUGUGAAAUGUUUGGGUUCUUGGGUCUCCUAUCCAAAACUCUGUGCCAGCAUGGAUAAUAGAAAGACUGGAUAGGAAACUUAUGUCACGUGAGCUGAUUUCUCAUCGCCGAUUGGUUGUUUCGUGCUCCAAGAUGGCGUUGGAUGGUUCCAUCCAUUAUCCGUGGUGCCAGGGUAUACCUUUAGUGUUAUUGUUAUAGGCGGAUUAAUUCAUGAUCAUCAGUUGUAGCUAACAUCUUUUUCCUGCUAACUUCUCACGAAUGAAAUGCAGUUUUCCACUAGAUAAAGUAUUGUGCCCGCUGUACUAAGAAAAACUGUAAGCCUUUUUUGGGGUUUUAGUUCUUAGAUCACCUUGUGGCUGGAAUUGAAGAAAUCAGUGGCCAGCGAGGACAUGGUUACUACUGGGUAAGAUUCAGUGGAAUUCCUCUGAGAGUUCUGUUUCUUUGUUGUGCUUUGGGAAUUUGUGUCUCUUUUAAAUUGUUCAUUAGAGAGGUUAAGCAUCAUGUUUACGUCAAACGGCAAACGCGAAUUUGUACCAUGUGACCAAGUUUCCCCUUUUCUUGUUGUUUACUGUUCAUUAUUUCUACACCUAAAUUCGUAGUUUCACGCAAUUUUUUANAAAGUAUUGUGCCCGCUGUACUAAGAAAAACUGUAAGCCUUUUUUGGGGUUUUAGUUCUUAGAUCACCUUGUGGCUGGAAUUGAAGAAAUCAGUGGCCAGCGAGGACAUGGUUACUACUGGGUAAGAUUCAGUGGAAUUCCUCUGAGAGUUCUGUUUCUUUGUUGUGCUUUGGGAAUUUGUGUCUCUUUUAAAUUGUUCAUUAGAGAGGUUAAGCAUCAUGUUUACGUCAAACGGCAAACGCGAAUUUGUACCAUGUGACCAAGUUUCCCCUUUUCUUGUUGUUUACUGUUCAUUAUUUCUACACCUAAAUUCGUAGUUUCACGCAAUUUUUUAUCCAUAAGAAUUGUUUGGACCUCUUUUUAUAUGCUCAUUUUCUAUUUUGAGAAAUUCUCAUCUUGAAUCUGCCGUUUUCCGUUUGCCGUAAACGUGAAGCUUAAUCUCUCUAUAAUUAUCAUGAAAAAGUGACUGCAUACUGGAAGUUAGUGCUAUUAUGGGAAGGGGAGUGAGGUGGGGGAAUGGAACGUUUUCUGCCGAUUUCCACCCUCACAGGAAAGAGUUUCAGAAUACAGUUACACAAUCAAAAUGAAAAAAAAGGUUUUUAAUGAGGAGUUUAUUAGAGUGCAAAAAUAGUGUUUGUAUACACGUGCCAUUGAGAGGCCGUUUCAUAUGUUCUUAUCCCAUUGAUUCGACCAGUCGAAUACAACCAAAAACUGCUAAAAAUUUCGCUUCUUCCAGUCCCACUGCCACACUUGAGUCGCCAACAGUAGCCUAUGAAAGAGUGUGUUACAAGCGUUUUGCUUUAACUGUCUAAUAAGCCACUCUUGUUUGAUGACUAAACGGUCCAGUUUUUUUAUGAGAUCGUAUCAAUUGUCCACCGUUAGAAGCAAUCUGUGGUUCUUGAUUCACGGCAGCUCGUAAAUAUUACGUGAAAGAAAAAAAGGAAAGUCGAAUCACGAAGAAAAACGGCACCUAUUUGUGCAAUGGUUUCUUGCUUUCUUUAUUGCAAAGUAAUGUAAGUUAGUUUGAACUCUUCCCGUGCCAUCAGCUAGCCUGUUUCCAGGCUCCAAGAUAGUAAUGUGCAGGGUUUCGUGAAAACUGAUGCGAAAAACGCGCGGAUGUUGGGGAGAGAGAUACACCACGCACGUCUUAUUUUCGCUUGGCUUGUUUUCGCGACUUCCUUACUAUCUGAGAGCAUUGCAGCUUUGUAGCUUUGACAAUGCGUUCGGCUUUGACAUCGGCUUUAUGAGAGAACAAGAGAGGAAAAAGGGUUAGAGAAAAUGUCAAACCUAAUGAACCAAAUGGAGGCUGUCAAACCCUUUUAAUAUUUCUCCUGAAUCGUAUUUUUUCUUCUUUUUUUCGCCAGGAAAUGUUAGAAUAUUUUCACAGUAAUUAUCUCAGAAAAUGGUUGAUUCGUGACAGUAAUAGCUUCGUCCAUGACGAGGAUAUAUUGCUGGCCUACAGAAGACUGGCUUACAAGUAAGGAACGAGUUUUAAGUGUUGAGUAUUGUCCUGUUUAUUCUCGCUUUUCAAUGUUCAAAGUAAAUUGCAUUGAUAUGUGGUUACUAAGAUUGGCCAAAAUUAACAUGCGACUUUGUUAACUAUUUGUUUCAAUGAACAAUUAGCCCUUCAGUUUACACGUCAUUAACCGACAGGACUGAACAUUUGGGUCGUUUUGUAGCUGUUUUAUCCUUAGUUAUUUAGCGCUUUAGUUAUUUUGCUGAAGAAAAGGAAUUCCCUAAUUGUAUUGUGAGACUCGAGGGUAAUAAUUUCAUUCAUCCCGCGUGUCUAACAUUUCCUGAUUUUAUGUUGCGCGGAAUAAUUUGAAGUUAAUUUAGCCUAUUCGCUAAUCAGCCAAAGACAGUCGGUGUUAUAACUAGAGGAACUUCAUUUACAUAGUUGUAUUUAAUAGUAAGUGCACGCUUUGUGAUUGGUCAAUUCAGUGGCCCUUUGUGUUCUUUCGCGCCAAUUUAGACAACUCAGUAUGGUAAUAAAUACCCCUUUAACGUUGUUUACUUGGUCUGUACUUUUUUCAGAGACGCCCUGACUCGUUUAGAGAGGGAAGGUAGUGGAGCUGCGUUGUUUCAGAAAUCAGGGUAAGAGGAAUAGCUGUUUUGUUUGUUUGUUUGUUUGUUUGUUUUUUUGUCAAACAGUACCUUAAACUGUCGCUUAUUAGCUCUUAUACAUCUUCUUAUACAUCUUUCGGGCGUAAGGGGUUUUAUGAUGGCUAAUAAACGCGGAGGUUUACACCCAAGGGGGAUUAUGACCGGUACAGAGAAAGGGCUUCAAAAUAAUAAAAUAAGUUUUGCGUUUACUGGUUUUUCAAUUAAGCUUUAAAACACUAUAAUGAAUCAAAUUCAUUUCAAUACAUUGGAAAGUGAAUUAGAGAAAGACUUAUGUCCGGGGGGUGCUUAUAAUCGGGUGUAUUUUUGUUUACAGGUAGACGGGCUUAUAACUGGGGGGGGCUUAUAAGUCGAGGAGCUUAUAAGCGGCAGUUUACGGUAUUCAGUCACAUCAUUUAUAGUUGAUAGGGUGGAAUGGUGAUGAACACAAGCAUGUCAGACUCCUCUAUUACUGUAUGUGUCUUUAAAGACUUGACGGUGCACAGCGUUCCAUAGCGUACCUGUUAUUUUGGUCUUAUUGACCAAUAAAAACCUGACAUUAAUUUAUUCCGUUUUCAUUUGUGAACAAAAAACCAAGGAUUGUGCACCGUUAUGGAUCUCCCAACAUAAACUGCAGCCGUUUUUUUCAAUCUUUGAUGUUUGCCGCCUUUCAUAACCAAUCUAUGGCUACAACUAGUUGCUGCGAAAAGAAGGGGGUUAUUUAACAAAGAAAUAACAGCUUUCCAUUUAUACACUAUUAAUUUCAGCCCUAAAGUAGGAAUUACCUGCAAAGUUUGACCAUUUCAUGGCGUAACAAUAUUUCUGAAAAUUAUGAGCCACUACAUAAACUACAGGGAGAAUGGGGUACAAGCUCGAGGCCGGGGGUACAAGUUUUUUCGCGCAAAGAUUUCUGGGAUCGUAUACUGAGGUACUGGUUUUCUUUGAACAUGUUGAAUGCCAUUGACCAAUCACAGCUAACGCUGUCCACCGAAGCCCGACAAAUCACUGCGCUGAAAGAUUGUAGUCAUCCGGCUCAUUCCUCCUUUUUUCGUCUUGUUUAUGAAUAGGCAAAUUCUGCUGACGUUACUCGGAAAGUCACGCGCGUCAAACAUUGAAGCGAUUAAGACUCACGUUUACGGCAAACAGCAAACUUAUAGUUUCUCAAAUUAGGUAAUGAGCAGACAAAAACUCUCCAAAAUAAUUUGUAUGGAUGAACUUGACAUGAAACUACGCUUUUUGUGCUGAUAUACAGGGACAAGUAAACGGAAAACUUGGUCACGUGGUACAAAUUGACAUUUGCAGUUUGCUGCUAACGUGAUUCGAAAGCUCUUUAUUAGCGGGGAAUACCCUUCAACGAGUUAGUCACCCAAUACAUAUCGAAUAUAUUAAAGGGGAAUCUUUUAGAAGUGGUGUUUUCGUUGGCAUUGUCAUCGUGUAAGCGCACGGCCUCUUAUACAAGAGUUAAAACCAAGUUAUAACCGUAUGUACGCACUUUUCAACCUCUAUUCCAGGCUUUCAGUAGAAAUGUUGGCUCGCGGCGCAUUUGAAGCAGCGGCGAUCACGUCUAUGUAAGUAGUAAAUGAUAGAAAUGGGAUAUGGUACAACAACAAAAAUACCAAUCCUUUUUGUUACUUUACACAAGUACCUGAUUGGUAUUGUUUAUAUUUUUUGAGUAAUAUAUUGUGUAAACCUUCUCGCGUGGGUCGGAUUCGCAAGCUUUUUGAAAUUUUCUGCCAAACGUCUUUGUUCACACGUAAGUGAUGGAGACCCUAAAGUGUCAGAAUGAAAAAAUGCGACACGUAAAGGACACAAAGUUGCUUUUUAGUGAUAUUUUGGUUAUGACAAUAUAGGAUCUGAUCUGCCGUAAAACAAUUAGGUAAACUGUACUAUUANAUACAAGAGUUAAAACCAAGUUAUAACCGUAUGUACGCACUUUUCAACCUCUAUUCCAGGCUUUCAGUAGAAAUGUUGGCUCGCGGCGCAUUUGAAGCAGCGGCGAUCACGUCUAUGUAAGUAGUAAAUGAUAGAAAUGGGAUAUGGUACAACAACAAAAAUACCAAUCCUUUUUGUUACUUUACACAAGUACCUGAUUGGUAUUGUUUAUAUUUUUUGAGUAAUAUAUUGUGUAAACCUUCUCGCGUGGGUCGGAUUCGCAAGCUUUUUGAAAUUUUCUGCCAAACGUCUUUGUUCACACGUAAGUGAUGGAGACCCUAAAGUGUCAGAAUGAAAAAAUGCGACACGUAAAGGACACAAAGUUGCUUUUUAGUGAUAUUUUGGUUAUGACAAUAUAGGAUCUGAUCUGCCGUAAAACAAUUAGGUAAACUGUACUAUUAACUUGGCAGUUUUUAAGUUGAAAUAUGUUUUGUUUGACAGUGAACCGAGUGAAGUUGAAGAAGAAGAAGAAACUAAACCGAUGUUAAGGUAACGCUUUGUUUAUUUAUCUGCCAGCUGAGCUUUUUCUAGUGACUAAAAUUUAUUCCCUCUUUCCUUCGCAUCAGGCAUUUUUGACGAUUUAAGACGGGAAAGCGUUCGCAGCGGUUGGGGAGCGCAGAACGCAGUAGCAGUCUUUUUCUUUGCCAAAGAUAUGAGUGACUUAUAACAUAUGUAAAAGUGUUUUUUUUUUCUAUCAUCAAUGGUCAUUUAUGUUCCUUCUUCAGAGCCGGCGACGAUGUUCGUGUUCCGGAUUCUGUCCAAAAAGACUGGAGAGCUAAAGGAGGUAAUGUUACCCGUUCUAUCAAAUAUUUUACGGCAGACUGUUGGGGCUGUGUAUGCUUUAUAGCUAAAUAAAUACAUAUAGGAGACAUCACUGUUUACAAACAUUGUUUUUGGAAAGAGUGAAACAAAAGAAUCGUUUUGUUUCAAGGACCAAUGCGCUGCUAGUUGGCUCAUUAAUAUCAAUUCACCAAUAGUCGCCUUGUUACCUUUUAUUUUUUUACAUUUUUUCAAUUAUUUAUGAUUAUAUACGGCACUGACAUAAUUUAACAGUUUUAGUGUUUACAGUGGUCUAGUUAUUCCAAUAUCCAUUUCCCUUCUGUACUUCCUUUUCAGCACCAAGUGGAGGGGAACUUGAAAUUCACGACUCUGCCCACAGUCUUAAUAACUUAUUAACAAGAAACAUGACUAGUUUUGUAAGUGCUGACGUUUGAAUUUUUGGUCUUUUUUCCCUAUCACCCGAUUUGCGCGUCACUUCAAAUGUAGCUGAUUACUAGCGUUCUUGACUUGACAAGUGUUUUUUUUCUUCUUCACAGAGACAUAGAAAGAUGUUCAGAAAUAAUCUAAUUGACGACGAUGAAGAAUUCUUCACGGGAAGAAGAUAUCUUAUGCCCAUGUAAGUUACGAUUGCUCUUUCGGAACAUUUUUCUGUUCAUUUUACAAUUCAAUUCGGGACAAACACUCAACAUUUGUUGAGAACCAAUAUUGCCACAGUCAAAAGUUCUCUUUGAACUUUGAGUGAUCACAAGGAAAAGGUUAAAAAUAAAUUUGGAACGUCAUAAGUAUUGCAAAAUAGAAACAACCGUCAAUAUCGUGACUGUUCGGUAGGGGCUUAUAUGUAGAGGACAAAGGAGAAUGCUUAAGGAUAUGUGGCAAAAAGUCAUAGAAGAAUUCAGCUCGUGCACGAAGUUAGCAAGCUACUGAUCCGCGUAGAACACGUACUAGAAUUCAAAGCAAAGACGGACAUCUGGUAAAACGGACACGUAAAGUUGGUCCCUGCAUUUAGCUUUUCCUUUUAUUUGACUCUCAAUAAGACAGUCUCCUAGUGCAGGUCCCAGACAUGUCCGUCUUAGAAGAAGUUGACUGGACCCCCAGUGGAGGCUCACAAGCGUUUGCCCCGGAUGAACUUUCGUAUUAUCUUUCCAUCAGAAACUUCUGUUAAGGGUGCAUCUCUGAUAAGGAGAAGGAAACAGUUGUUUUUUGUGUCCCAAUAUGCUAAUCUCUCCGUCAAGGAGAAUUAAUCCACUCUUAUGCAUUUAAUAGACGAUGAUUUCCUGCUUUUUGUAAAAGAAGUUAACAGGCCCUUUGCAGCUAGUAAUGGAGAGCCAGGGGCAAACGGGGACGAGACAAACAAAGAGCUCACAUCAUUAUUUUAAACUGGUAAUUUCCUUUCUACGUCUCCUGCUCUCCAAUAUGGCGGUUUUGUACCACGUAGAUGACUAGCUGUAAAGAGCCUAUUUUAAACAAUGCGGGCCUCAUUUCUGUCACAGGACGUUUUCAGUAAAUGGAAACUUCUUUGUCCCACGGUAAUCUGGUUAUCUAAAUGGAGAUUCGCUGUACUUGAUAUUCCGUAUAAUUUUACAGUUAGACUACGAGUAGUCCCUCAUUUUCCCUCAGGGAUAGCCGAGCGAGCGAAACGCGGGAACUGGAAAAAGAAACUGAAAGACAGAACUGUUUUUGACCGGUUCAGAAGAGGGUGGCCGGAGAAAGACAGUCUGCAUGUGAUAAUCAUGAAAGCCAAUCAGCCGAUUAAGCGGAGACAACGCGACGAAAGCGCGUGCAGUUAACCGACCAAUGAGAAGACGGCAGAUUGAGAACCGGAAGUUGGGUUCAGUCCUUUCCGCGCUUUUUUUUGUUCUCAUUUGACUUAUGCCUUGACUUUACUAGAUCUGCCUUAUAAUGAAUUAAAACGCUAUAUUUUCAGGCAACCGCGGCCGACAGCGUAUCAAAAUCAGAUCAUGGUGAAUUCCAAGCCUGUCCACAUUUACCCUCAUAAACGCAAGCCAAGACGUCACAAGCACAAACACAAACACCGCAAACGGCGCGACGAACCAAUGAAAAAAAAGUUGUCUGCAAUAUUUGAAGAAACGGAUGCUGGAGAACAGGUAGGACCCUACAUCAUUUCCUCGCGAAGUCAAAAGUAUCGUACGUGCCUCUCCUUCCUCGCCGGGAAAUACGCUUGAACUUCCAUUAAGCGGCCACCCUCGGGGUACUGGCAAGUGGCCUUUCAGUUGGAGGAUCGUCAUAAAUCAGGAUAAUCUUAAGCAGAAACGUCGCUUUAUUUUAAAAGUGCGGCAAAAAAAAAUUACUGGUCCACAAUCGCUUGUCACUUUAUCUCGGACUGUACUUUUCUUCAUCAUGUUCUUGAAAUGGAGCCAAACCUAGUGAAGAUCAGUAUAGCCGCUUAAUAGAGAUAACAACAAUGGUGUAACUCUCGUUAGGAUGGCCUAAAGGUGGCCGUGGCGGUUUAAUAGAGGUUUCAUCCCCCCUUCUCUUCUACAAUAGUUUCGGGACUUUGAUUACUGGUCGCUUAACAAGGGGUGACCGCUUGAUAGGGGGUCGCUCAAUGGAGGUUCGACUGUAAUAACCUAGUGAAGGCACGUAUUCGUCCAUUCUGUGCAUUUAAACCUCGUUUAUCUCCGUCUAAUACGAUGUAGUUUCCCGUGUAACUCCGACUUUUGUUGUUUGAUAAGAGAACAUGGGACCUACAUCACAGCUACAUCGCUAAAUGACUUAACAAUUUACUCUGUCCUUCCAUCUUUAAAAAAAUGGCUAAAGAAUAAAUUUAAAUGUCCGUUAAGAGAGAGUAGACUGUAUUCGACACGGGAUACGAAUCGGCAACUGUUGUCGUCGUUGUUGUUAUCUCACCAACAAAGGUCGUCUCCUUGAAAUUCUCUAGAGUCCACUCUCUCUUAACGGACACCCCUAUAGGACGGACAACUCAGUAAAACAGAUACCUAGAGUUGAUCCCUGCCUUUCUUUGUUCCCUUUAUUUGACUCUAUAUAAGAAAGACACCACUCUUAGACGGACAUUUAGAAGUACCAGUCCCAAAGAUGUCCGUCUUAGAAGGAGUCCACUGUGUGUAUUCAGUAAUCAUCCUUGGUCUUUGUUUCAGGAUGGAAACAGGUCUCCUACACUGGAGCCUCAAGUUGGACCUAUCCCCAGUAGCGAAGACGAUGAACCUGGUAUCACAUUUGAGGCAUCACGUAAACAUGGAAAAAUGGGUCGGUAUCCAUCCUUUGAAGAGAAUGAAGCAAAACAGCAGGAGACGUAAGUGCGAAGCAUGUAUCACCUAUAAGACAGGGGUUUUUUUGUAGUAUAAAGGGAAGGGGGGUAAGGGAUUGGCAGGAGGCAGCGGCGGGCCGAGCGUGUCCGUGGACUUAAGGGCUCCAUUCGAUUCUGCUAGGCCAGGUGUAAAAGAUAUUUUGCACUGAAAGUACAUCCAUACUUUGGAGCCGUUUACAUGGAACAUAAAAAAGUGUUUACUUAAGAAAAUGUUAUUAUCAUUCGAUGCAAAUUUUUCUUCCUUUUUAUUGGCCGAGAGCCCACCACGUGACCUGCAAAGAACUGCCUACAAAUGAUGGUCUGCUAAGGCGCAAUGUCGUCUUUCAACUGUGUUUGGCUGCAAAUAAUAUUCUGCUCAUGCGUAAACGAAACUACGCUUUUCUCCUUCUUGCGAUCGCUCCUGCGUGAAAAUGGCAGAUGGCUUCCAUUCUAUGAGUUUAUUCAUUGAAAAGAAACUCGCAUUCGAAUGAUAAAACAAUGUUGAACUCGACUAACGCAAAAUAUUGUGAUUUUUCAUUGUCUCGCAGGUCAAUUAUUGCAAAAUGGCAGAUGGCUUCCAUUCUAUGAGUUUAUUCAUUGAAAAGAAACUCGCAUUCGAAUGAUAAAACAAUGUUGAACUCGACUAACGCAAAAUAUUGUGAUUUUUCAUUGUCUCGCAGGUCAAUUAUUGCGGGAAACAAUUGAUGUGCUCGCCACUGACAAAUCACGGUAUUUUGCUCAACCUCGUCGAAAAAUUGUUUAUUAUCAUGAGGUUGCGCAGGAAACUGGGUCAAAAUUUGUCGCCAAAAAAGUCCCAUAGUGCAAUUCGACACAAUACCGAUUAAAUCUCGCGACUCUCAAAGUGGUCAAUUUACUCUCUAAAGCCCCGCGCAAACGGACGCAACAUUUUUGGCCAACAACUCCCAACAUUAAACACUUCGUGACUGGUCCAGAGGGAAACAGUGUUUGUUUCGAGGGGGAACAUUAAACAUUAAACUAUAUCGUAUUGUUGAUGUGUUCCUAAUAAAGUUGUUGUUGUUUUUGUUGUCCCUAGGGACCAGUCUUGAAGUGGUUUGUUAUAUAGCUAGAAAUUCAUUAAACCUCGCUGUAAAACGGCGGUCGUUAGUCAACAUUUGCAGGUGACAGUGUACUGUUACCCUCUGACGUCAUAGAUUUCGCAAUGUUAACCGCUCAGAGAUUUUGGCGGGGAACAGUUUUAUUGUUAGAUGUCAUGUGAUCUCGAAGUAACCAAUAAGAGCGGACGCUGUUAGGAAAAAGUUUCCAGCUAUAUAACCGAUUUUUGGAUGUUACAUAUUGUUGCGUGUUGUUGGGACUUGCUGCCCAAAGUUUUAAACCGGUCAAACUUUUGAGUCAACAACUCCCAGCGUUUCUUUUCUUCAAGGGAUCGCCGAACGUAGCACAACAAUGAUGGAUCCGUUAGCACAGCUCUUAACAGCUCUUCCAACAUUGUUGGGGCUACGCACGUGCAUUGCACAUGGUCUCCUUGGAGACAGCAACGCAACUACUUCGUGUGGUAGACCAACACGCCAACAUUGUUGGGAGUUGUUGCAUCCGUUGCACAUCACUGCCAAGACGGACGCAACAACUUCCAACAUUGUUGACCCAACAAUGUUGGGAGUUGUUGCUUCCUUUUGCACUUAGCUUGAUAUCCAAGUAAAAGGGUUAAGAAUAACAGUCUUUAUUCCUUCAACAGAGCUGCAUCUCCAAGCGAAUCGUCUUCGAGUGACUCAUCAUCUGAUGAAGAUGACAGCAAACCAGCGGAUUUGCACUUAGCUUGAUAUCCAAGUAAAAGGGUUAAGAAUAACAGUCUUUAUUCCUUCAACAGAGCUGCAUCUCCAAGCGAAUCGUCUUCGAGUGACUCAUCAUCUGAUGAAGAUGACAGCAAACCAGCGGACGAUUCAAAAAAGAAGAAUAACAUUCCUCUAGAUUCUUUCGUCGUCAAUAUUGAAGAUGAAAAGAAGGAAGGGAAAGAUGCAGAAAGUGUUAUGUAA